AUAAUCAGUAUGAUGUAUGUUCAUUAAUUUCACGGGCACUUUAAAUAACGGACAUAAUUUACACAUGACCUCUCUCGAAGCGGAAGUAACUUGAAAGUCAAGGUCAAUUAUUUUGGAAAGAUGUAAGAACAUAUUUUUUGUUUUGUUGUGAUGAGUGAUCAAAGAUAAGACUCCAGAAUGAUGAUCAAACUGUCAGUUCGGCUGGUUAGAGCCACCCAGGAAGGUAUGGUGUUGGCCCAGAGAGCUGUACGCACCUAUACCAGAUAUGCCUACUAUUCAUUCCGUGACAGAAAGGGGAGACAAUCAGAUGGCUCAAAAGCAUCACCAGUAGAUGGACCAAGACACAGCCUUAUGUAUAGUCAAGUUGAAGACUUCUUAUUAUCUCAGUGGAGUGAUAACCCAGUACCUUAUGCAAUAUAUCGAACUAUUGUAGCAGCAUUCUUCUUUAUCAUGGUAUUUUACACAUCUAUAUAUGGUGUCCUUGGUGCUAAAGCUGCCAUAAUGCUCACGUAUUGGUCAUUUUAUAUUCUGGUGGCAUGUCAAAUACUGCGGGCAGUGAACUGCUGGUAUUACAUUUCCCUCAGGAAACAAGGUCAAGAUGUAAAAGCUUGUCUACAGAACAAAAGACGUAUAAAGAUGCAAUGGUUGUUACAUAAUCUAGGCAGUGAUGCUGCACCACUAGUUUCUGUACUGUUCUGGACUAUAGCAUAUGAUGGAAGUGGUGUAACCUUGGUUAACUGCACUACACACGGCAUCAAUGCUGUAUUUGUGCUGGUCGACACACUGAUAUCUCGUACACCAGUUAGAAUGUUACACUUGUACCAGAGCUCGUGUAUGGGUUUUGUGUACAUGCUGUUUAGUUAUAUAUACCAUCUAGCCGGUGGAACGAAUCAUAAAGGAGAGCCGUAUAUCUACAAACCUCUAGACUACAAUAAUAACUUUAGUGUAGCAAUCUCUACAGCUCUCGUAUCAAUAUUUCUCGUAGCACCGUUGAUUCACUGCUGGAUCUUUUUCCUCUACAGGUUUCGAUUAUUUAUACAUAGGUAUCUUAAGGCUGUAGAGAAAAGGGUUGAAAAUUUGCCUGAAAAAGCUCAGUAGCCGUAGAAUGAUUUUGCUAAAAGAGGCCAAAAUUAACUGUUAACACAUAGUGAUACACUUAUUAAACAAGAUUUUUCUAAAACAAUUAGAUUUUACACAGUUCCUUUUGAAAUACUUGUAUUUUUUUUGUAUGAAAGUAUAUGUCAAAAUUCUCUUCAAUUUCCAAUUAACAACUUAAAAUGCCUUUGGGGCUAUAUUGCCCUGCAUUCUGUAACAAUCUUCUUUGUUUGCAGUCAAGUUAGUCAAGUUAAAAAUAUGUCUAAUCUUACACUGGCAUCAGUAUUUAUUUAAUACUUCAAGUAAUGUUUUGAAAUGCAAUAUUGUACCUUAUUAUAAGUUAUUAAUCUUUUUUUAUUAAUCUUUAGGUUACUGUAAGAUUUAUUUGGAAUAUUUACUGAAUUAUAUACUUUUAUGAAAAUGAGAUUUGUUAUAUAACCAUAUUCAAGUAUUGGGAAUAGUUAAAGAGCUGGCAAAUUGUUCAUUUGACAGCUCUUGUUUUGUUGUGAGUGAGUUUGGUGAAAUUAAUUUUGCAUUUUGAUUUUUACUAAUUUGUCAUGACAAAAGAUCUUCAUUGUAAAAAUGAAUGGAUAAUACAUUAUAACUAUGAUCAUUGAGAUAGUAUCUGGUCAAUUCUCUCCACCAUUUCAUGAAGUGUAUAUAGGAUUUGUUUUCCUUUGAGAUGGUAAUAGGUUAGCUUUAAUUCAUGUACAUUACAAAAAGAUAGCAACUGCUGUAGGAGUUUGUAUUAUAUACCUCAGAUAAUUUUAUAAAUAAAUCUCAGUCUAUUCACAUGAACAUGUCAAAUAUUUGUAAGAAAGCUAUGUUUGAGGAAAAAAUGUCUCUAUUGUGUUAUAUUACGUAAAAAUAAUGUCACACUGUGUAAGACACUAAUGUUUGAAACAAAAAGUUUCAUGUAACUUGAAGACAAAUUUGAAAAAAAACGUAAUAAUUUUUACUAUAAAUUCUGUUAUUCUGAAAAUUUGACUACGCAUUUGUAACAAUUAUCCUUUUAAACUAGAUACGAAAAUAUUUUGAAAAUAAACUGUGAUGUAAUAUGUACUUAACAAUUUAGAAUGGCAAGCUUUAUGGCCAAUUGUUACACUACAGUAUUUAGUCUCGUUUCAAAUUGCUAGUUCUCAUGAUACAUGUGUACAUUGAAAAAAAAAACCCAAACAAUAUUACGAUGCAAGUAUGUAAGUUUGCUUAUUGUUUAAAACAAUGGGGGUUUUCCAACAAGAAAUUAGAUUAUUUUUCAGUCUAUUUUUGAGACUGAAGUUGGAAUGGAAUGAACUGCCAUACAUUUAGGAAUUAUAUUGAGUGUAUUAGUAUAUUAUCUUGUUUGUAUAAAUCAAAAAGGAAGUAUUAAGAUGGUUUUUUUUAAUGAAUAUGUUGUUAAAUUUAGAUUAGCAUUCCACAAGCAUUAUAUUAAACUAACACUUCAAAAAAUUUGCGACUUGGCCAGCUGCUAAUUUUAAGCUUGGCAUGUUAUGACAAAUAUCGAAGCUAUUUUUGUCUUAUUCAUUAAUUAUAAUUUCACUUUUGACAUUAUUAUGUUAAUCCUCAGUAUGAGAUUUACACGCUACUAUGUAGUAAAAGUUCAAUAAUUUCUAUGUUGUUAUUGCAUGAUUUAACGGUUGGAAAUGAAAUGACUUUCUUACUUUUAAUAAUGUUAGGGGUACUUAAUUUUCAAUAUUGAAGUGAGAUGCAGUAUGAUUUACACUUACAUGUACUCAUUAUGUGUCACACAGUUAUAACUACUACAGUAUUGAAUAUUUUCACUAUUUUAUCAUCACUUGCUGGUCUUAUAUUGAAUAUUUGGAAUGAUUUUAUUUUAUCUUUAUACAAAUGUUUACAAGAAAUGGUGAGGGGGUUGGGGCGUCUGUGGUCAAGAAGUUAUGGUUGUUGAUUUCAAACAACCUAGCCCUCGCUGCUGUAGGUUUGAAUCCUGAUUUUUUCAUGUGAGGACGUUAUCUAGCUAGCUGAUGGAAUGUCGGUGGUUCUACUUAGUGCCAGUUUGUGAACCCGAGGUCUUCCUCCACCAGUUAAAGCUUGAAAGUUACCAUAUGACCUAUACUUUGUUGCUGCGACGGAACCCCCUUCCACCUAUUGGACCCCCCCCCC